CUAGGAUAAUAAUUAAUUCAAAAAAUGUAUAACCGCGGCUAACUCAUUCAUAUUUACGCAUUGUGCUACAAAAGCCUCCGCCGACCACCGUAUGUGUCCGGAAGCCAUGUCCACCGCCACCAAAUUAGCAAUAGAAAACCUGUGGGAAGAAGUAAGAGAGCUCAGCCUUGGCUCCACCACCUACCAAAUCGACCACCUGACUUCACCACCCACUCCUCUGCAAUUCCUCCGUGAUUAUAUCUCCCCAAACAAACCUUGCCUCAUCUCCAACUCCGUCAACCACUGGCCAGCCCUUUCCCGGUGGUCCUCAACUCAUUACCUCAAAAAAACCCUCUCUUCCUCCACUGUUUCCGUCCAUCUUACCCCAAACGGCCGGGCCGAUUCGUUGACCCCUCACCGGGACAACUCAUCAUCUCUAGUUUUCGCCUCUGCCCAUGUUGAGAAAAUGCCUUUCCCAGUUGCCCUUGAAAUGGUUUCUCAGUCUGAUACCUGUAGUGGAAAGGGCUCUAAUUGUGUGGCUUAUUUGCAAGAACAGAAUGAUUGCUUCAGGAAUGAGUACUUUGAUUUGAGUCAGGAUUGCGAUGAUCAUAUCCCCUGGGCAUCCGAGGCGCUUGGAUGUCUUCCUGAGGCUGUGAAUCUUUGGAUUGGUAAUGAAUUCUCUGUGACUUCAUUCCAUAAAGAUCAUUAUGAGAAUCUUUAUGCUGUAAUUAGUGGAGAGAAGCACUUUGUGCUACUUCCUCCAACUGAUGUUCACAGGAUGUAUAUUCGAGAAUAUCCAUCUGCUCAGUAUCAUUAUUCCAGGGAUACUGGGGAUUUUAAGUUGGAACUCAAGGAACCAAAGCGGUAUGUUCCUUGGUGUAGUGUUGACCCUUACCCAUCCUUUGAAGAGAAGGGGAGGGAUAUGUCUCGGUUUCCCCUGUAUUAUAAAGGCCCAAAGCCAUUUGAAGUUACAGUUAAGGCUGGACAAGUACUCUAUUUGCCAAGUAUGUGGUUUCAUCAUGUUAGUCAGCGCCCAGACAGCAGGGGCCUUACUGUGGCAGUUAAUUAUUGUAAGACCAAUUAAAAAACCUUAUGUUCCGGACUUGAUUUAACAAGUUAAUACCUGCACUAUCUUCAUGUAGAGUUUAACAAACACUUAGCUAUUGUUUGCAGGGUAUGACAUGCGAUUCGAUAUCAAAUAUGCUUACUUCAACUUCCUUCAAUCAAUAAAGUACUCAUCACGAAGUGACUCACCAUCGCACCAGCAAGAAACCUUAGAACAACAAGAGGAUGAUUUGGAUGUGAUAUCAUCUGUACAAAAUGGAGCCGCACUUGAGCAACUCAAUGAUGGUGAGGAAGAACAAUUUAUAAAUAGACUGCCUCACCCAUGUGAUAUCUGAACAGAUCCGGAGUAUGGAAGAAAGAGAAGGAAGAUAUCUCUGUGGAGAUCGAGUAAUCAGGAAAAACCUCAACCUCGUCUCAUUUAUGGAAUCCUUGUUGUCUUGGAUAUGAUGACACUGGGGUAAAGGUGAAUCAUCUGUUGGGACUUGCCAUUUAAUCGUAUCUGCUUAACAGGUAAAGCAUGUCAAAUGAAGCUGCAGAGGAGAUUGUAUAUGAGGAUUGGGUUGAAGUUUCCAGUAUCUGGACUAAUUGUGUUGCUUAUGAGGAAGACAGUCUUGAUAAUGUUUGGAGGAGAGAUUUGAUGCCAAUGCAGCAAGAAAUCAAGUUCAAGAAGGUACUUCCAUCCAAUCCGUGGCAGGAUCAGAGUAGUCCUUGGCAAGAUCAGCAUGACAACUUGUUCAAAACACUUUGAAUUGGUAGUGGACAGCUUUGUUUUGGGGAAAUUUUCCUACUCUGGCAGCAUGUUGAAGUUUUUUUGAGAUCGAGCGGCUUCGUAUUUGGUAGUACUGGACGGUGUACAUAUAUAUAACUAAUUCUGUUUGGGAACUGGGAGUUAAAGUGAAAGAAGCAACCUUUUCUACCAUAGAGAAGCCUUUGUAUGCCCGUAAGUAUUGAAAUGAGUAUUAUAGAAAAGGAA